AUUGGUUGCCGGCACAUGCCGAGCUGAGGGUACCAUGGCGGCUCUGUAGGUGGCAACCGCUUGAGUUGUUAUCCGCAAUGGCCGCGGAUCGGGACGGCGGCUGCUCCUCUCAUCACAUAGGGGGGCUGGGGAACCUGGGGUGUGACACGUGCUGUGCGGGAGCAGCCCCGGGGCUGCGGGAGACGGUGUCAGAGAUGGACUUCCAGAGAGGUAUCUGGUCAGCUGCUCUGUACGGAGACCUAGGCCAGGUCCAGCGCUUUAUUGAGAAAGGCACAGACCCCAACCUGGCUGAUAACUUUGGGUACACUGCACUGCACUAUAGUAGUCGACAUGGACAUUUGCCAGUCUGCAGCUUUCUUCUAAGCAGUGGGGCUGACUGCAACGCUCAGACACAUGGGGGUAGUACUGCCCUGCAUCGGGCAGCAUACUGCGGCCACAUGAAAGUGGUAGAGCUGCUACUGAAGAGCGGAGCUGACCCGGCCAAGACAGACUCGGAUGGGAGGACUGUGCUCCACAAGGCGGCAGAAGGUGGCCAUCCGGAGCUGUGCCGUCUUCUGCUAAUACAUUGCAAAGCAUUCUGGGAUUUACAAGACUGCAGAGGCCAAACAGCCGCAGACCUGGCUCCAUUCCGUAUGACUGAUGUUUUCUCUCCUUAAACUUUCCUAGAGCUACAAUCUUCCCCCCCUGCAGAACACUGUGUGUUCGCGUAGAAAUGCAUCUGUGGACGGACCCUCCAGGUAGCCUCAGGAAAUGUCUACAGAGCGCAGCCAUGGAGGACGGGAAGUCCCUGUGUCCGGACAGGGAACUCCACUAUAGCUACUGGAUGCUUUCUUGAAAUAGUACUGUCCUUUGAAAAGAAAUGGCACAAUGACAUGGCAGCAGUAUGUGACCGGGCCCAUAGCCCCUGGUCGUAAGGAGUCUCUGGUCGGGGAUGACCCCAGGCUUCUUGGUGAGGUAACAGUGGUUAGGGUGAUGCGCCCUCGGCUUCCUGCUGCAUUUCAUCACUACGUCCUUCCUUCCUCGAUUCUGUAAGGUCAGAUAUGCAGGUAUUAAACUGUUUAUCAAGGGA